AUGAAUAGAAAUCAUACGGCCGCCCCGGCCAUCGGCGGCUCGUGGGAGAAGCUGAGCCCGCCACUGACCCCGUGGAUUAUGGACGUCGUGAGGUCGUCAGGCUUCACAAAUAUGACGCCUGUUCAGGCUGGUACGAUCCCGCGUGCUAUCAAGAACCAGGACUGUGUAGUCGAGGCUGUCACUGGCUCAGGCAAGACUCUCGCUUUCGUCCUGCCCAUCCUUGAGAGACUGGCGAGAAGUGACAAGGUGUACAAGAAAGGAGAGGUCGCAGCCAUAGUCAUUGCGCCAACAAGAGAACUCGCCUCACAGAUCCACAACGUCUUCCAUUCCUUCCUCGCUUCCCUCGUCCCUCCUUCUGCUUCCUCACCUAUCGCCUCCUCCUCUCGCUCCCCAUCGCCCCCUCGCGAGGUCAUCGAGGCCCCUUACUCCCUUCCAUGCCUAAUCACCUCGGGUACACCGACGCCAUACGAGACCUUUCUUGCCCUCUCCUCCAACAUCCUCAUCGGCACUCCUGGUCGACUCGCCGCUUUCCUCCUGUCGCCGCGGGGCCAGUCUGUCGUCCGCGUGUCGGACCUGGACUGUUUGGUCCUGGACGAAGCGGACCGACUGCUCUCCUCACCUGAUCAUCGGCGGGAUGUGGAGCGCAUCAUGCGGCAUCUACCAAAGCAGAGGAGAACGCACCUUUUCUCGGCGACGAUGACGGAUGCGGUGGAGGAGAUGAUUGGGCUGGGGUUGAGGAAUCCUGUCAGGAUUGUGGUCAAUUUGAAGGAUAAGAGGACUGGAGAGGAGGCAAAGGAGCGAAGGACGCCGAUGAGUCUGCAGAACACCUACCUUAUCUGUCGACAUGCAGAGAAGACACUGCAGCUCGUCAGGCUGCUUCAGUCCGAAUCGAGCAGAUAUGAGGCGGCGAAGUAUAUCGUUUACUUCUCGACCUGCGCAGCCGUGGAUUACUUCUACCGAAUACUAUCUGCCAUGCCUGCCCUUUCCACCUUCCACCUUACUUCCCUACAUGGCGACCUCCCUCCCCGCGUGCGCGAGACUGCUCUGAAGAGCUUCACCACCCAUCCUUCCUCCCACCUCCAUCCUGCCGUUCUACUCUGUACCGACGUCGCCGCCCGCGGAGUCGACUUUGCCGACGUCGACGUCGUCAUCCAGUACGACCCACCCACGGACCCCAAGACGUUCAGCCACCGUGCUGGCCGGACAGCUCGGGCCGGACGACAAGGGAAGGGUGUGGUCCUUCUAGCUCAAGGUCGGGAAGAGGAAUACGUCGACUUCCUCCUCGCUCGGAAGAUCCCUAUUGCGCCCAAAGCGUACCUCAACGCUCAACUUGAGGAUUCGGAUCUACCAGACGUAGUCGAUUCGGGGGCGAUAACCAUGCGCGACUCGAUCCGGAAACAGGUGAUGAAGGAUCGGGAGCUGCAUGAUCGGGCGGCCAAGUCGUUCGUGUCGGCUUUGAGGGCGUAUACGAAGCAUGAGGCGUCCUUUAUCUUCCGGCUGGCGGAUCUGGACUUUCAUAAUCUCGCGACUGGGUUUGGUCUGCUUCGACUGCCGACGAUGCCGGAGAUCAAGGACUGGCGGAAACGGAAGGAGGCGCAGCGGAAGGUGGUGGAGAAGAAGCGGGAGGCCGUGGAGGUUGUCGAGGAUGUACAGGACUUUCUAUGGGAGGAUGCGAAUGUCGACUGGGACACUUACGCAUAUGCCAACAAGACGCGCGAGACCGCCCGCCUCGCUGCGUUGGAAACCAAACGUGCUACCCCCAUCUCCGAGGACGUCCAGAAGAAGCGCAAGAUCCGCGCCGAGAUGCGCGAGUCGUGGUCGGAGCAGAACGAUAAGCGGGCGCGUAAAGAGGUGAAGAAGGAGAAGCGGGAGAAGCGGAAAGAUGAGAUCUGGGCGCAGAAGCUUGCAGAGGACGGAGGGGUCGAGGUGGGCAUGGUCGAGCGGUUCAAGAAGGAGAAGGCGGCGGGUCAGGUGGAGCGUGAAGAGCAAGAGAGGGAGUACAAGUUGUUGAAGCGGGAGGUGAGGGUGGAGAGGGGUGGGGGAAGGGUGAAGGCUGCGGCGGCUGGAGGGAUGUUUGAUGGGUUGGAUUGA